GGCGCUGUCAGUGCGAGGCGGCGAGCGGAAUGCAGCGGCCCGAGGCCUGGCCACGUCCGCACCCGGGGGAGGGGGCCGCGGCGGCCCAGGCCGGGGGCCCGGCGCCGCCUGCUCGAGCCGGGGAGCCCUCGGGGCUGCGGGUACGGAGCGGGCGGGCGCGGGGGUCCCGGGCGGCGGGAGCUGGGCCGGGACAGAGCAGGAUGGGGGCAGCAGCCAACUCAGAACUCGCGCGCCUGGCGGCUGGGAACUUUGUGUCACCCCUGACUGGCACCAGGACCCGGGAGGAAAAGUUCGUCCCAGCGCCGACCGGAGAGGAGGCCUGUCCUGAGUCCGUCGGCGCGGGGCUGAAGUUCUGGUUGCAGGAACCUUCCCUCUACACCAUCAAGGCUGUUUUCAUCCUAGAUAAUGACGGGCGCCGGCUGCUGGCCAAGUAUUAUGAUGACACAUUCCCCUCCAUGAAGGAGCAGAUGGUUUUCGAGAAAAAUGUCUUCAACAAGACCAGCCGGACUGAGAGUGAGAUUGCAUUUUUUGGGGGUAUGACCAUCGUCUACAAGAACAGCAUUGACCUCUUCCUAUACGUGGUGGGCUCAUCCUACGAGAAUGAGCUGAUGCUCAUGUCUGUUCUCACCUGCCUGUUUGAGUCUCUGAACCACAUGUUAAGGAAGAAUGUGGAGAAGCGCUGGUUGCUGGAGAACAUGGACGGAGCCUUCUUGGUGCUGGACGAGAUUGUGGAUGGCGGUGUGAUUCUGGAGAGUGACCCCCAGCAAGUGAUCCAGAAGGUGAAUUUUAGGGCAGAUGAUGGCGGCUUGACUGAACAGAGUGUGGCCCAGGUUCUUCAGUCUGCCAAGGAACAAAUUAAAUGGUCGUUAUUGAAAUGAAGGCUGUGGAUUCAAGGCUCCCUGCCCCCCAGACCAUUUCCCCAAUCCUGGCAAAAGCCCAAAGAUCCCAGGGUCAGGAGAGACCCCUCUGUAUCCCCAGGUCCCUCCCAGAACUGACUCCUAAGGUCUCCAGCCAGGGCUUCUGAGAUGCAAAGGUUUGGCCUCAGGAGAGUCACCUUUUCUCACGGCCCUGGCCUUAACUCAUAUCUUAGGCAUUCCUGGCCCCAGGGCCCUAAUAAACCUGCUUUUGUCUUCUGCCAA